UCACUCCACCUCCAGGCCGGUGGGUGGCUGUAACGCACCUCUUGUCGUGUUUCUUCACAGAAGUAGAAUCGAUCCAUUCACUGGUUGUUGCUCACAUUUUAUGAGGGCUGUUGAGCGCAAACCGAGCGCCAUGUUCCUCCCAUAAUAUAUCGAUAUCAUGAGAUUAUAAAGGACCUGGACGACUUCGUUGCCCGCUUACUUCGCGAUAUGUCCGCAGCGAUGUUGAGCACCCCUACCAACAAGCUGAAUGUAUUGGUCAACAAACUCCACGAGUACUUGGCUCAUUCCACCGUUGAGGACAGCAACGAUACACCGACCUCAGAGGAUGCAGACGGUCUGCCAAACAGGAGCUGUUCGGUGGGAAACUCCACAGCUCACCCUGCGACAGAGGCAGGGCUGGAUACCAAAUACUCAAGGAGAAAACCUUCUGUUGUCAUAAAACACUCUGGACUGGAUGAAUCUGGGGACUCGAAUGGAAGCGAGGACCUGGAUUUACCGUUCAACACAAAUGGUCACCUUGAUAUCACCAGAUUGCCGAAAGGCACUGCACUGGUGAGGCCUGAAGCUGUUGAUAAUGGAAGAGAUGACUUCAGAGGUCCAGAGUUCCGCAGCCGGAAACCGGGAGUACUGCGGAAAGAGUUUUCGAGAAGACGUGGAGGAGCUGAACACAUGGAAAUUGUCUGUUGCACCGCAUGUGGCCGACAAGUUAACCACUUCCAGCGAGAUUCCUUCUACCGACAUCCAGUUCUCAAAGUGCUCAUAUGCAAGUCUUGCUACAAGUAUUACUUAAGUGAUGACAUCAGUAAGGAUGGAGAUGGAAUGGACGAGCAAUGCAGAUGGUGCGCUGAAGGAGGCAACUUGAUCUGUUGUGACUUCUGUAGUAACGCCUUCUGCAAGAAGUGUAUUCUAAGAAAUUUGGGGAGGAAGGAGCUGUCCGGCAUCUUGGAGAGCAAAUGGUACUGCUACGUUUGCAGCCCGGAGCCCCUUUUUGACCUGGUCAUGGCCUGCGACAGUGUUCUUGAGAACAUGGGUCUUUUUCAUCAGCAGCGUCCGAAGAACCAAGUAGAGCCAGAGAAAUCUGAACUUUACAACAUGUUGCCGCACUUGCCACAAAACGUCCCUUUGGAUAAAUGGGACCACACUGGUAUGGAUGGUAACGUGGUGUUCAACUAUAACACACUGCAGAUUUCCAAGGAACUCACCAAAAAAGCCAAACAUUUAGUGGACUCGACAAACAUCUUGAACCGGACCUUUAUCAAUUUCAUUCAUUCUGUGACGGCGAAGAAACAAACUCGCAAUCUGUAUCUGAGCUCUUUUUUGUCUGUAGUUAAAGGCUUGCGGAAAUCACUCACAGCAUUCGAGGAUAGCGUUAAGGAAGAAUUCAGUGACUUGGAUGUCUUGAACUGUUGGGAAAACUUCCUUUGUGAUGAUUUUGAUACACAACCUGUAACAGAAGCAGACCCGGAGCUGGAUAUCUCUGAUGAAACAUGCUUGGGUGAGCUGCAAAAAUUGGCAGCUGAACAUUUGGUAGAUGACGAUUCAGACUCUAAGGGCUAUACGGAUGUGAGAAAUGCACGUAACUGCCCUGAGGAAGACGUGGAUUUAGAUUCACAUGAAGCCAGACAGAGGGUGCAAAAGAUUGACCUGAAGCCGUGUGAAAGUGGGGUCAACAUGACUAAAAAACUAGUCGUAAAACUUACGCCUGUAGCUAUGGAGCAGGGGCCAUCGUAUGAUACCUCGAAGCAGGAGGAGGACACCCACAGGAAGGAUAAAAAGUCGGAAGGAAAGGAUGUAUUGGAAGAUGAAGAGACGGGUGUCAUAGGUGCUAAAGCUGACAGCAAGAUGAGCAACGACAACUCUAGUACAUCUCUACCCUUAGAAGAGGAGCAAGGAAAUAGACGAUCUCCUCGCGUGAAGACCACACCUUUGCGCCGACCAAGUGACGUCAAGGCCAAAACAUCUCUUUCAGCGGGAGACACUGACAGUGACUCUGAUCCCGAGGAAACCUCCAGCGCAGUACCGACCAAAAACACUGAAGAGCAAAGUCUGAGCAGGGCAAGGGAUGACUCAGACUCGGACGAAAUCCCUGCAGCGCUGCUUGAGCGAGCAGCAAUGUCACAAAGCUCUGAUGAGGCCCAGAGUGAUGAGGAUAGUGGAAAAGCAUCGACUAAGGUGGCCAAGAAAUGUCUCUUCUGGUUCACUAAGAACACCCCGAUCUCGCCGGAGAAGAUGCGCCGCAAACGCAAGAUGCUGGACGGCUCCCCCGAGUCGGACUCAAGCGGCAGAAGAGCAAAGUCUCAGAGAGAAAGUGGGACAGAUUACUUUGGUGACGAUCGAGAAUCGCAGAAGAAAAUGCAACACUUGAAUACGCUGAGGCCGAUAGGGAAGCCUCAUCUCGUCAAAAGAGAGAGUGAACGUAUGACUAGAAAGAUGCCAGCUAGGAAGUCUAAGGCAAAAUCUCAUCAGGAAGUGACAGAGUCAUCAUCGUCAUCGUCGUCAAGCGAAGGCAACAAUGAUGACAACGACUCUGAGAGCGACGGGAGCGAUCAGAAGAUGAAGCCUAUCACUGAAGAUGUGGCCUUACUGGGGGCAGCUGGAUUCCACCAAUCAUCAGAAGAUGACGAGCAGUCUGGGCCCUCGUGGGCAGCAGAAGACGAUGACGAUCCAGAAAAUAGAAUCGCUAAGAAAAUACUGUUGGCCCAAAUCAAAGCCAACUACUCCUCAGGCGAUGAUAUCUCUUCGGACGAGGAGACGCAGGAAGAUGAGUCUGAGUCGGAGGGCGAGAAGGAGGUCAAACAAACCAAUGGGGAUGUUGCAACAGAUGAAAAUGAGGAAGACUUGGCUUCAGAGCCAUCUGACACUGUGUCUGAUGGGCCCAACACCAGGCACCACCUUCUCCGCCACAAACUAACGUUAGAUGAGGCAUCGUCAAGUGACAAGGCGGCUGCAGAGAGUGAAGCAGGAAAGCAACUAACCAGCAACGAACGCCUGAGCAAUAGCGAAAGCGACGGUGGUGAUGAAGACGGUGAUGAGUCAGAGGCGGAAGAUCUGAGCGAGGAGCUGAGUCAGUCAGAGGAUGAGACCGGUGAAGAUGGAAACAAAUGCUCCAAAUCGCUCACCGAAGAGAAGAAGACACCACACGAACAGAAGAAGCAAGUGUAUGACUGUAUCUGGCUGUCGGACAGCAGCGAAAAGAGCGAUACAGAAGAUGCCGAUGAGAGGAUGAGCGACACUAAAGGCACCCCCAAAGGACGCAAGAAGAUCCGCAAAAUCAUCGAAGACGAGAAUCUCCGAGCUGAGACUCAGGAAGCUCUCAGAGAGGAGGAGGAGAGGUGCAAACGUCUGGCAGAUAGGCAACAACAGAUGGAGGACAUGAGAGUGAUAGUUAUAAAUGACGACGAGCUGUCUCAAGUGAUGUGUCCCGUCACCACCAAGCUGGUACUGGAUCAGGACGAGGAGACCAAGGAGCCUCUUCUUCAGGUGCACAGUAACCUGGUGACGAAACUGAAGCCUCACCAGGUGGACGGUGUCCAGUUUAUUUGGGACAGUUGUUGUGAGUCUGUGAAGAAGGCCAACUCCUCUCCUGGAUCAGGCUGUAUACUGGCACACUGCAUGGGCCUGGGAAAGACUCUGCAGGUGGUGACGUUCCUCCACACGGUGCUGCUGUCAACGAACCUGAAAUUCAGAACAGCCCUGGUCGUGUGUCCGCUGAAUACCAUCCUCAACUGGGUCAACGAGUUCAGGAAAUGGCAAAGCGUCGUCGGGCCGGAUAAAGUUAAAGUUACAGAGCUGGCUACCGUUAAGCAUCCUACAGAACGCCUCAGAGCUCUGCAGGGGUGGCAAAGAGACGGAGGUGUUAUGAUUAUAGGAUAUGAGAUGUACCGCAACCUGUCCCUAGCCAAGAAAGUCAGGGAUGAGGCGUGGAAGAAAGAGAUUAAAAGGAUACUGGUGGCUCCAGGUCCAGACUUUGUGGUUUGUGACGAGGGGCACAUCCUGCGCAAUGAAGCGUCCAACAUCUCCAAAGCGAUGAGUGCCAUCAAGACCCAAAGACGAGUUGUGCUGACCGGUACACCGCUGCAAAACAACCUGGAAGAGUAUCACUGCAUGGUCAACUUCAUCAAGAAGAAUCUUCUCGGCUCGCUCGGUGAAUUCCGAAACCGCUUCAUCAACCCGAUCCAGAACGGCCAGUGUGCCGACUCCACGCCAAAAGACGUCCGAAUCAUGAAGAAGCGAGCGCAUGUACUUCACGCUAUGUUGGCCGGAUGUGUGCAGAGAAAAGAUUAUUCAGAGUUGGCUCAGUUUCUGCCUCCCAAACACGAGUACGUGCUGGCAGUGAGGAUCUCUCCACUUCAGUAUAAGUUGUACCGCUACUACCUUGAUCACGUCACAGGUUCUGUAACUAACAGAGUAAAGGUCGAUGCGAACCUGUUCAAGGACUUUCAGGUGCUCAGCCGCAUUUGGACCCAUCCCUGGUGCCUUCAGCUCAGCUACAUGAACCGAGCAAAAAAGAAGGGUCAAGGUAAAGCUGCAGCUCUGCUCAGAAACGAAGAAGCAGCUUCGGCUGCGAGUGGACAGACAACAAACGAAGGACUAGAAGGGAACAACCAUGAGAGCAGCACAGCGGUCACUGUUGGUGUGUCCGAAGGAGCUCCAGCUGCAGACGCCAUCAGCUCGAGAUCUCAGAGUCUAGACGAGAACUGGUUCAAGAAUCAGCUGUCCGACCAGGAUGCCAAAAUCCUGGAGCACUCAGGGAAGAUGGUGCUGUUACUGGAGAUCCUCAAAAUGGCCGAAGACCUCAAUGAUAAAGUGCUUGUGUUCAGUCAGUCCCUGAUCUCAUUAAAUCUAAUCGAGGCGUUCCUGGAGGCUUCUCACAGUGCCAGAGACCCGUCAUCACACAAAGAAGGCAGCUGGAUUAAAAACGUUGAUUACUAUCGUAUCGACGGCGCCGUCAAAGCUUCGUUAAGGAAGAAAUGGGCAGAUGAGUUCAAUAAUUCGUUCAAUGUCCGCGGCAGAUUGUUUCUCAUCUCAACGAGAGCCGGCUCACUCGGCAUCAACCUCGUCGCCGGCAACAGGGUCAUCAUAUUUGACGCCUCGUGGAAUCCCUCAUUUGACAUACAGAGCAUAUACAGGGUGUACCGCUUCGGUCAGCUCAAACAAGUGUUUGUGUACCGCUUCCUGGCUCAGGGCACCAUGGAGGAGAAGAUCUAUGAUCGUCAGGUGACCAAGCAGUCUUUGUCCUAUCGAGUGGUGGAUCAGCAACAGAUCGAGAGGCACUUCACUCUUUUUGAACUGACUGAACUUUACACAUUUGAGCCAGACCUGCUGGACGACCCAAACUCCAAGAAAAGCAAAAGAAGCACAUCUGUGGUACCAAAGGAUACAGUCCUGACGCAGCUAUUACAAACCUGCAAAGACCACAUAGUGUCUUUCCACGAGCACGAAUCCCUGCUGGACCACAAACAAGAGGAAGAGCUCAGCGAGGCUGAUCGCAAAGCCGCCUGGGCCGAGUACGAGGCCGAGUCAAACACAGCCACGCUGCCCAUCAACUCCAGCCAGGAAACCUUGGAAAUGAAGAACAAUGAGGAGCUACUGGGACUGCUUAACAAGAGCAGAGUGAACGUAUCGAUGGCCUUCCUGUCGCUGCAGAAGAUGAGCUCUCACCCCAUCGAGGAAUACUUGAUACGAGCGCGAGAGCAGUACCCUCAGCUGCCCGAGGACGAGGUCAAGACCAAAGCUCAUAUCUGGAAAGAGUGUGACGAGAAGGAGCACAAGCGCAGACAGGCCUUUUAUCGAGACGUUCUCACGCAGCAACAAUCGCUCACACUCAGAAUUCAGGCCUUACUGAACAGUCGGAGAAAUCAAGUGGUUCAGAUGGCGGCGAUGGCCUUGAACCAACCCGGACAGACGUGAACAAGAGAAGCGUGUUUUUGUUUUUCCUCAUCACACCUUGGUGUCCUUAUUUCAUCUCACCUAUGAACUGAAAGUAUGUUUGACCAGUAUGAGAGGAGUAGCAUAGUAUCAGAUACUAUAGCACCAUGUUGCUGCGCAUUUCAAACAUUUUCCAAUAUGUGUUCUGACGCUUGUUCUUUUGAACACUGAGCACUUUAACUUCUGGAGAUAUGACAUGAAGUUCAAGAAAUUGCAAAAAAAAAAAUCUGGUUGUUCUGGUAGGCUGCUUUAUCGUGUGGAGUAGAAGCACUGAACAGAUGGUUUCCACACUGAAUGUUUACUGUACAUGCCUUAAUAUGUUUUGCUGUUCUAUAUUUUUUAAUUUUGUUACUAAUUCUUACUAUGCUUUAAUAAAUUAACAAUCCAGACAUGA